CGCGGCGAGGAGCCGGCACAGUCCUUCUAGCGGGGCUGGUGUUGUCUCCUUGGUGGUGGUGGCGGUUAUUGGACUUUUUGCCGGGUGUUUUGCUUUGGGGCUUGGUCUUUCCUCGGGGGGCUAACUUUCUUCCUACGUCGCCGCAAAUCUGCACAACUGCACCAAGCCAACACGCACACAAGGGCCGACGACGGCAGACUUCCUUCCUGAACGCGCACACUCCCGCCGGCAGCUGCUGCACAGUCGGACCAUGCCGGCCAGCGCGUGGCCCCGCAACCCGGGCGGCCGCUGCUGAGCCGGGCCACCGAUUCCUCCGAUCAACGGGGACCCCGAGCACAACAUGGCCGCCACGAGGUUCGCCGUGGUCGUGCACCUGGUCACGGCCGGCCAACAGGGAGACGCGCUCGGCAGCGACGAGCAAGACACGGUGGUCUUCUCCUGGCUGGUCGUCGACCUGGCCAACAACAAGGUGGUGGCCGUGCAGCAAAACCUGGUCAAGCCACGCUCCUGCGAUGUCAACGAGAACGUCAUUUCAGAAUCGUGUCGCACCGAGUACGGAAUCUCUGAAGAACAGCUCAAGAACGCCGUGCCCCUGGAGCAAGUUAUCGAUCAGUUCAGUCAGUGGGCCCGGGCGCGGCUGGAGGCUGAGGCCGGCGGCCAGUUCUACUUCGUGACGGACGGCCAGCUGACACUGCGCCAGGCGCUGCAUCCGGAGGCAGUGCGGCACGGCAUCCUGCUGCCGGACACCUUCUACCACUUCUUCGACCUGCGCAAGGAGUUCCAAGCAUUCUACGGCAAGGCCGUUGAGUCGGUGCAGGACAUGCUGGCUUACCUUUCCUUGGAGCCCGAUGCAUCGGCAGAAGUAGUUACUCGUCACGUACAAGACAUGGCCAAAGUUAUCUUAAGGCUUAACAUGGACGGGCACAAGUUUACAAAUCCGGAAGAAAUAUCUCAGAGGCUAGAAUCUGGAAUUUGCAGCAAAACCGACGUGGUGGACAGCAACACGGUGGUGAGGGCGAGGGGUCUACCGUGGCAGUCAUCUGACCAGGAUAUCGCCAAGUUCUUCAGUGGACUCAACAUUGUCAAGGGAGGCGUGGCGCUCUGCCUGAGUCCACAGGGUCGGCGAAACGGGGAGGCACUCGUCCGCUUCGAGAACAGCGAGCAUCGGGACAUGGCGCUCAAGAGGCACAAGCACCACAUCGGCCAGCGGUACAUCGAAGUGUACCGAGCCACGGGCGAGGACUUCGUCAACGUCGCCGGAGGUAACAACAACGAAGCUCAUUCCUUCCUGUCGCGAGGUGGACAAGUGAUUGUGCGCAUGCGCGGACUACCUUACGACUGCACCGCUAAACAAGUGGUGGAGUUCUUCGCGUCGUCGGGAGACGGCAGCGAGGGCUCGGAGCCGCACACGAGCUGCCCGGUGAUGGACGACGAGGACGGCGUGCUCUUCGUGCGCAAGCCCGACGGACGGGCCACGGGCGACGCGUUCGUGCUCUUCGACUCGGAGGAAGUCGCCAGCCGCGCGCUCCACAAGCACCGGCAGCUCAUCGGCUCCCGGUACAUCGAGCUCUUCCGAAGCACCACGGCAGAGGUGCAGCAGGUCCUCAACCGCACCAUGGACCCCCGGACGUACGACACGGCGCAGCCGCUGAUCGCAUCGUUGCCCCAGGUGCCACUGCUGCCGCAGCAAAUGUUGCCAUCGCGCUCGUCGCGCAAGGACUGUAUCCGGCUUCGCGGGUUGCCGUACGAGGCGCAGGUUGAGACCAUACUUGAAUUCUUGGGAGAGCACUCGCAGGCCAUCGUCUACCAGGGCGUUCACAUGGUCUACAAUGCACAGGGACAGCCCUCUGGCGAGGCUUUUAUACAGAUGGAUUCUGAGGACUCUGCCUUCCUGGCAGCGCUCCAGCGCCACCAUCGAUAUAUAAUGGGGAAGAAGCCCCGCUACAUUGAAGUUUUUCAAUGCUCUAUUGACGACAUGAAUCUGGUGCUCACCGGGGGAAUCCCAGUACAAAGGCCUCUGCUGACUCCAGCGGCGGCGGCGGCGGCGGGCGCCAUGUUGCCGCCUGCGCCGUACGGCGCCUACCCGUACGUGCAGCCCCCGGCGCCCGUGCUGCCGGCGGCCACCAUGACGACGCUGGCGCCGCGGGUGUCCACCUACUACCCGCCCAUCUUCUACUGGUCCUACCCGAGUCCCCCGGUGUCCCCAACCACGUACUACCCCCACUCGGCAGGCCCCACCAUGGUAAUUUUGCGCGGCCUGCCGUAUAGCUCCACGCCCCAGGACAUUCUAACCUUCUUCCAGGGCUUUCCAGAGCUCACUGCCGACUGUAUCCAGAUACAGCGCAACACGGACGGGCGUCCAAAUGGAGAAGCUGUUGUCACAUUCCCGAGUCGUGCAGAGGCGGAAAGAGCCAUCCAGGAGAAGAACCGCCAGAACAUAGGCAGCCGAUACAUCGAACUGUUCAUGGCGUGAUGACCUGCCCAGCGGCGGCGCCCCAGCAAUGCUCUCGGGUCUGCGUACCCCAAGGAUUUGUCUCAUCAGCGCCGAACUGCCACAUUUGUGUUUUUCUUUCCCGGUCUGUCGCCAAGGCGGCGACGAGUGAGUGGUCCAGCCAGCGCGCUGAACUGUUUCACAUAGUCUGUGUUACCCGUCUUUCUCUCACCCACAAUUUUGUAUUUUCAGCUUAUGUCUCCUGUACCUUUUUUGUUUCUUUAAGCAUGUUAUUUUCAUUAUUUUGCAAUUGUUCUGAUGUGUUUUCUUUCGAUUUUUGUCGUUAUUCUGAGUGAUAGCGCACAGCCCGAGGCCCGCCUGACGAGCCCCGCACGUGGACCCAUGGUACCGCCAAGCGAGACCUUGUACUGUGCCUAUUUUUAUUGAGAUACCGCAAAGUUAACAGCAAAAUCACGCUGGUCUUCCCGUGUUGCGCCCAAGGUCAUUACUAACCAAACUUCGAAAAGUUAGUUUUAAGUGUGUUUGUGCUCGUGUGCAAAGUCCCCGUGCACUAUCUAGUAUUUCUUUUUUUCGUUUUGCGUCACUGUCAUACCGUGUCGCAGUAUUUACCAGUGAACGCCUUCAUUUUGUGUUGAGACAAGCCUGACUAGGCCGCUUGCAAAAACGAUGGCAACACUGGGCGGCGGCGUCCAUCGUAAAGGAAGAAACGACUACAAAAAGCGUGCAUCCACCGGGCUCCGUUCUUUUCUAUUCCGCCUUCGUUAUGGCAGCGGCGUCCCCCGCGUUUCUACGCUGAAGUUGUAGCUGUGGUCGCGGGAGCGCUCUCUCGUCGACAUGCUUCGGUAAUGCUCAACUAGCCUGUCUUCAUUUAGAGGCAGAGAGCAAAAAAGAUCACUUUCUCACCCGGUCGGGGCGAAAACAAUCGCGUGGUACGCCGCUGCCAUAACGAAGGCGGGAUAGACAAGAACGGAGCCCGGCGGACGCACGCUUUUUGUUGUCUUUUCUUCCUUUACCAUGGACGCCGCCGCCCAGUGUUGCCGUUGUUUUUGCAAGGGCGUGUGCAUUCACACAACGUGCCUUAUUCAAGUGUCCUUUCUUCCCUGAGCCAUUCUAGUGCCCACAUGCAACUGUAAGCGCACAGACCGAGUGGCCUCUCGCGAAGCAAACGAGAUGCUUGCACGCGUCUGUGCUGAGGGCACUCUCGGAGGCCGCCAUAUUCCUGCUCUCAAACUCAUCAUUUGGUCCGCGCUUGCGAAGGCGCCCGCCCCAUCGUCCCGUGAUAAGUGGCAUCCAGGAUGGCUUCUACUCGUGUCCUUGUUUUCGUCUGUGUUUUGUUUCUGUGCCGUCAAACCAUGUACGUCCGUCCAGCAACCGACCUUCAUUAUUAUGCAUUUCUGAGUGCCGUGUUAGAGAAAGAGCGAAAUAAAAAAAAAAGCUGAAAGGGGCAACAGUAUUCACAUUUUGCCCUGUUUGUGUGUGUGUGUCUGUUCUUUAUGUGCACGCUCGUGCCUUCACGCGGUUCCUUCAAACCGCCUUGUUUGUUGUCGUCCAUGAAUACAUUAAAAAAAUGGCCGCGGACACAGUGCAAGACGUUAAGAAAAAAAAAGCAACCAUGCAAGCGGCGGCACCGAACGCCGUGUUUCCGUGUGACCCUACUGUUAUUUAUUUUACGAAGCAGUGCAAUUACAUAACUCGCCCGUGAGGUGAUUGCGACGCGAGCGGCGGUCCAGUCUGGCGAGCACACUUGCGUUGCACUGAAGCUGCCGCGCCGGGCUGCUGCUUCAGAGCGCAAGAAUGUUCCGCGGCACUGCUGCCAGCGCCCUCUGCGAUGCCCCGGUAGUGCUCUAGUUCGCUAAAGAAAACCGAAGCUAAAAGCCGCGUUUUCAUCGUGCUCGUUUUCUUCUAGUUUUCCCAACUUUAUUGUGCCACGUUAUCCAUAUCGCCCCGCACAUUACUUUCCUCGAUAGCACCCAGUGCCGUUUUUUUUUUUCGCAUUUCGUGUGUUCUUGACGGCCGUCUAAGCUGGAGGUCGUACGUGUGUUUACUUGCAGUGAUAAUCAUACACCGAACUUUUUUAUUAUUAUUUUUGACAUUAUUUUUUAUCGUUUAGCAGAGCAUCUUAAUGAAUCGCUUUAUCGCUCUUAUGUGUGUCUUGCCUUUAGCGUUGUGCGUGCGCGUAUAUUUUUUUCUUUUAUGUAUAUAUUAUGCUUCGUCUGCACAUUCUCUCUUGCCCCUUUCCGAAUGAUUUCACCUACUAUGAGUGUAGUAAAUGUGUACAUAUAUAUACACCACCACUUUUUCAACGAAGCGACAAUGACCAUCCAUUUUGGUCGGCCGGUUAUUUGUCUCAGAGUUGGAACCUUAGUCGACGUUCAUGUCUCGCAAAACCAGUUGUGUGUGUUGUCCUCAAGUAUGUCCGUGUUCAGAAAAAAACUCAAAGAAAAAAUGUAAAAUGUUGAAAAAAAAGAGAAAACCUUGAAAGAGCUUUCCGGCUUCUCUCAAUAAAGAACGUAAUUAAAAGAAAA